CAUUGACCUUCUAUUCUCAGACCUGCAAGCGGAUCAACAUCUUGACUCGAAAUACACAACUGUGGAUUUAUAUCUAUUGUCGCGACGUUCCAGUAUCACACAAGGCAUUUCAUAAACCACUCUCCGCUAUGUCUGGCUCCGAAGUAGAAAUGCUCGUCUUACAUCCCCUUCGGCUAGCCAACACCCUAUAUCACCUAAAUUCACUAGGUAUGAAUACGCCGGAAGCUCUUUCAACCCCUCUUCACCAGGCAAGCUCCGUGACAUGGGUCAAGCUCCUUCAAGGCCAGCUCCUCAUUGUGGCCUCGUCGAACGCGCACCAGAGUACUCUUUCUCUCUGGUCUGUCCCGGCGUUAUUUCAAGGCGGAAAGCAAGCAGCCGAGCUGACCAAGUGCUACCUUCCGGGCCCGGUAUACCGCGGUGUGUUGGAUCUGCAAGGCAACAACGCGGUGUUUGCCCUCGAGCUCCGAUCCCGGUGAGACGCGAUAAGAUCGUCACCGUCUAUGAACAGCUGA